AUGUCAGCGUCGACAGCAAUAACCCAACUUCUCCAAGAUUGUCGGAAAGCUGCAAGGGAAGGGCAAUGGAAUAAUGCCUUGAAUCUCAUGGAUCAAGCCUUGCUAGCAUGUGGUUCCACUGACACCAGAACCCGAAUUACGAUUCUCGACACUCGUGUAGCGGUGCAUCUACGCACGAAAAAGCCUGGUCUAGCUUUACAUGACGCCAAAGCAAUGAUCCGCGCCGACAAAAGUGAUGGACGUGGUUAUGUCCGCUGUGGCCAAGCCGAAAUGGAACAAGGCAACGCAUCUGCUGCCCUCGAGUGGUACGAGCAUGGCAUUAAACGCGUGUCGCCGUCGAGCCAGUACUUUGCAACCAUUUCUGCGGCGGCAGGCAGCACUCGAGAACAGAUCCGCCUCGACACCGUCAAUUCCAGACCAGUCGACCCAAUGCAAACUCUGCCAAUCGAACUUGUCCAGAAAUUCCUGUCACUUCUACCCUACAGGCAGCAUAUAAAAAUGCUGCGGGUAUGCAAGGCCUGGAACAGACUUCUACGAAGCAUGUCACCACUGACUGACACAUUGGCAUUCCCAAGCCCUACCAAGGACAUCAACACGAAGAUGCUCCACGCGGCUCUGAGACGGCUCACACGCCCUACCGCUGUCCGCGUCGACCAUUUGCAGCAAGCAGCAUCUGACCUCCUGGCCGAUCGUAUGCGGUACUGGCAAAAUUGGCAGAACCUUGCAGUUCUCGAGGUAGAGGACAAGCGGUUCGCGGCCUGGAACCUGCCUCUUCCCAAGUUCGACCUAAGGACCAUCAAACUCCAUCCCGAAUCAAUCCCUUUUGCAGUAGUCCAACAGAUCCUUCAAGAUUGUCCCAAGCUGGAAACAGCCAUAUUCUCGCAGGUGUUGUUUCCAUCUCGGCCUCAAGCUGAUGGGUUGACGGCCUCUCCCUUUCCUCAUAUCCCCGUGCUUCACGGGGAUAAUCUGCGACAGCUUCACAUAAGCGCAAGACCACUAUCUGAGCCCAUGCCUCUCAAUAUCACAAACUUGUUCGAUCGCAUGUUACGGCUCGAAAGCCUGGGCCUUGCCAAAAUUUGGUCCGGGUUCUCAUUUGAUCUUCGGCACUUGAAACGCCUCCAGCAUCUAUCACUGAGAGACUUUCGUACCCCGGAGAUCAGCCUUCCUGCUUCGCUUAAGUCUCUCGAGAUCUUCCUCUCGUCCAUAGUGGCACUAGUUGAGCCCACAGACUCAUUUCCUCGGCUUCAAUCAAUUCAGCUAGAAACCUUCAAGGCAGUUGGAUGCGAGAGUCUGCCGGAUUUUUUGUUCAUUUCGAUCGCCACGGAGAACAUCGCCAAGUUUACCUGGAUGGGCACGACAAGGGCACAAUAUGAGAACAUGCUGUGUCAUCUCAUAGAGAUAGGUAGGUUCAAGGGUGUGCGGGACCUGCAUUUGCAGACAGGCGCCCUCUCGGACAGCCUCGGUCCGGGUUUUGCAACCGGCCUGCCUAGUCUGGAAACACUGGUCAUCGAAGAAUCCCAGAUCACGGGGGCUUUCAUUUCAGAUUUGAUCGAAGCCAACAACAAACUUCACAAGGUGACCCUGGUCCAGUGCCCCAAGGUCUCCAGCGACAUUGUAGCGUGGUCAAAAGCAAGAGGUGUGCAUGUCAAACGACUGAACAGCACGAAGGAAUUGACCGGGAAGCGGGUGAUUGAAGAGAUAUAA